CUAUUUGUCUUUUUUCAGUUAUUUCGUCAUGGUGAUCGUAGUCCAAUAGAUAUUUACCCGAAAGAUAAAUUUAAAACUGAUCAAUGGCCAAUGGGAUUGGGAGAACUUACGAAGUUGGGUAGAAGAGAAGCUUAUCAUCUGGGAGAGUUUUUUCAACAAAGAUACAAAGAGAGACUGAAAGUAGAAAAAGAUUUUAAACCAAAUUCUCCGGAGUUUUUUAUCAGAAGCACAGAAAAAUCCAGGUCUAAGCUAUCAGCGGUGUAUUUUAUGGCAGGGUUUUAUGGUGAAGACUUUUCAAAUGUUAUGAAGAAAGAAAAAGAAGUUCAGACAAAAUAUAAUGUUCCAUUUGUUCCACAAAAACAAGAUCAAUUAUUGUCUAAAGCUACGUGUCCAAAAGCAGAUAAGUUAUUACAAGACUGGAAAAGUACGUCGAGAGAAUAUAAAAAGUUUAUGAAACAUAAUGCAGAUUUAUUUAAGUUGAUGGUGUACACAGGUUGGUCUGAUCAUGAGCAGAUGAACCUAGUUAUAGAUGAUAUUUAUAUUGAGAGGCGCCAUAAUUUCAGCAAGCCUGAUUGGGUGGAGAAUAAUAUUGGUCCUUUAACUGAGUAUUUUGAUGAUUCUAAAAAGUUUUUAUCCCCUACUCCACAACUCCUUAAGAUAAAUACAGGUCCUUUGAUGUCUAAAUUAAUAAAAGAAAUUGAAGAUAAAAUACAUAAAGAGUCUCAAAAGAAAAUGAUAGCAUUUUCUGCACAUGACUCAACCAUCAUUAAUUUUCUUCUGGGUUUACAAAGUUUUAAUAACCGUCAACCUCCAUAUAGUUCAGCUGUUAUAAUCGAAUUAUAUCAGAAUCAAAAGAUGUUUUAUGUAAAUAUAUUAUACCAUAAUGACAGCAAAACAGAGCCAUAUCACUUCACAAUACCAGGUUGUAAGCACAAUGAAACAUGUGCUUGGGAGGUUUUAAAAGAACAUGCACAGAAAAUAGCAAUAUCAACUCAAGAAAGAGAAUUAUUUUGUGGUAGUGCAGUCAAGUCAGGGUCCUUAAUACUAUCAGAUAAUAUUAUCCCUGUAGCAGUAGUAAUAGUAAUUGUUGUUUGUGCUGUAUUAUCUAUAAUAAUGUACCGUCUUUACCGACGUUGCCGUAGACCUGUUGGUGACCCUAUGAUGUACCGUCCUUUGGCUUUAGGUGAUGUUGAUGAUGAAUUUGAUACAUGAAUGGGGAAAUGAAUUUAGGGAUUGUAUAUUACAGUGUAUUAAGAAAGGAAGAUCUAGAAAUUUGUCUUGUCUGAAAUUUAUUGACAAUUUUAAAACCAAGAUUUAAUACGCAUUAAAAAUGGAUAUUCCAGAUAUCAUUAUCUUUGCUCAGAAUAAUAAUUAAACUUUAUGUUCACCUUUAAUUAAAUGAAUAGUCCUAUAGGGAUAUCUUCCUCUAAUUUUUUACUUUAGGACUACUUGCUAUCAUUAUUAUCACUGCUUCUAAUCCUACGUUAUGUUUGCCUUCAAUAAGUAUUUCAUGAUAUAAUAAUCAUAAUACAUCUGUUUGAUAUGAUGAUAACAGAUAGAGCAGUAUUUUGAGAAGUCAUAAUACUGAUGCUGUUUAGUUAACUGAUGUCAAUUGUGAAAAAAUAUAAUGCAACUGUGUGCAAUUUUGGUUUAUUAUAAUACUAGAUUUAGUGUUUUAUAAGAUCUAACUUGUCAGAGAAAUAUAUUUUCAAUGACCUGAAUUAGAGACUAGUAGACAAUUGCUAAUAAUUGAAACAUUCCAUAUAUAUAUAUAUAUAUAUAUCUGGCUUUUUUGAUUUUGCAUAUCAACUAAAGGCAUGUGCUAUACAGGGAAAGUGUUUGCUUUUUCUUUUGCUUUAUUGGUAGCCUACACCAUUAGGUAAAUUUGAGUCAAAUUAUUUGACCUUCUCAAUAUUUCUAAAUAGUUGUUUUUAGUGGAUUUUAAGACGAUUUCAUGUUUUUUUCAGUCUAACAGGGAUUGC